AACGAGAAAGGAGUGGAAGAGCAUAGAGCAAGGUGUUGAAGUAACGUGGGCGUAUUAAAUUGACGGUUAUCGGGCUUGAAGAUAGAUAAAGAGGUUAUUUCAGACAAGCUAACAGUCCGUAAAAAUGAGUCCCGGCCGUAAAGUGUUUUGUGUACUUUGUAACCGUUCCGAGGAGACGAAGGUAACCGGAGCCUUGUCGACUAAAGAUGAAGUCACUGCUCAUCAGAACUGUUUGUUAUUUUCUUCAGGUAUUUUUUGUCGGAAUUCACCAGAGUUUGAUGACCUGUUUGGUUUCUCCGUUGAGGAUGUGAUGACUGAGGUCAAACGAGGAAGCAAACUGUAUUGUAACAGAUGUAAGCAAAAGGGUGCCACUGCUGGUUGUGAAGUCGGACGCUGCAAGAAGUCCUUCCACUACCCCUGUGCUGUUCAAGAGAGAGCUGAGAUUACUGAAGAUCCAGACAAUGGGAAGUACGGGCUAUUCUGCUUCAAACACCAUUCACAAAGCUCGAAAUACAACGGCCCUGUAAAUGGGCAUGGAACCUCCAAAAAUCCCAGUGAAGCUGGAACAUCUCAGGUAUAUUGUCUCACCUGUGAGGAGACAGAAGGAAAUAUCAGUUUGGAAAGUUUGUCUAAUAGCAUUAUUAUGUUAUAUUGUGACAAACAUGCUCCUUCAUCAUAUAAGAGGAACAGCAAUGACGAUUUUGCAGAAGCCAGACCUGUUUGCAGCAGUGACUCAAACUCGCAUUUGCACUCCAAGAGACGGUUGAAUUUCAAUGACAGACAGGAGGAGAGCCGAUCCAAAUAUAAACCUGCAGCCAAGACAAGGAGAAUAUCUGAUUCUUCACAUUCAGAUGAUAAUGAACCUAACACAGAAAUGGAAAUCUUCGCCCCUUUAGAGUCCGAUAUAGAUGAAACUACAAACUCUGUUCCACAGAACUAUUUGUUGACUAGGCCUCAGUUUAUAAGAAAAGACACAGAGUGUCAAACAGAGUGCACCUCAGGAAAUCAACUGAACGUCAAGAACGAAUUUGAAAAUAAAGAUGAAGGUGAAACAACCAUAGAUUCAGAUGCUGAGUCAGAGAGUCUACUUCCUGUGGAAAUCUGCACGGAGGCAACAACAAGUUCUACACUCUCACCUCAGACAGUGUCGACAGCAUAUCCGAAAGUGAUUUUGGUUAAAGCAGCGGAGGAGAAAAAGAGAGAAGAUGAAGGGUGCAGUCCUGAUCAACACAUCGCUGGACCCUCUGCCCCACAGCAAAGCUCCACUGGGGCCCCUCCCUCUCCCUCUCCUGGCCACUCGAAACCCGACAGUGUUACUGGCUCACCUCAGUGCAGCAGCUCGGCCAUUUCCCCGCCUCCUCCUGAAUCCAUGUGUGUAUCCCUCAUCUCCUCGUCUCCCUGUCCUAAGGGCUGUUGCUUUGACCCAGAGCUCAUCAUUGACUCCCCCAGCUUCUGGAAAAGCUGUAACGUGGCAGGAUGCACACAGGCCAUCUUUACUGAUUUCAUUAAUGAGAUGAACGAUAUCGCCAGCAGAAUUCAGUCAGACCAGGCCAGCCAGAAGGAUUAUGAUCUUGCACUAACAGUGAUGGCGGCUUCUGGAAAGCUGGCAGAGCUCGUGGCCAAGCAGCAGAAAGAGUUACAACAGAAACAAAUGGAGCUGACAAAGGCAGCAGCAGCGAUGAAGGAGGUCGUCUCAGCACUGAGGAGAUGAGUCCAUCAGCAGCUAGAAGAGAUCAAGGUUACAGUUACCUUUCCCUUCUCACUGUUGUUCUGUAUUUACUCUACACAAACAGUAUAUGUAUAUUUUCUUUUACUGAUUGUGCCUUCGUUAAUUUCCAAUAGUGGAAAGCUGUGCUGGAUAUGGAAAUAUAAAACUACCAAUGUUUGGCACUGAUAAUUCAAAAUCACUUUAAGAUUAAAAAGGCUGAAUCUUGCAUUGUCAUCUCAGAAUUCAGCCUGUGAUCAUGAUGCUUACAAAUCAGAUGAAGAUUUUGCAGUUCCAUUUAGAAGAUAUCGUACACAAGAGUUGUUUCAUAUUAAGAAAUAAGUCUGGGAAAACUGAUUUCAAAAGCUUUACUGAACAUGAAGAAUUGGAAAGAAUAUUUGUCUUGAAAACGUCCCAUAUCCAACCCUAGAAACUAAAUUCUUUAAAUGUUUACAUUGAAGUUUCCUUGCUUUCAUUAUGUUCAACUGAGAUCUUGUUUAAUAUUAUCUUUUUCUUAAGGUAGUUAAAAUGGAGGAUAUUUUAUAGUAAAACUAAUGACCCACAGUAGAAAAACAAAAAAUAUUUGUUUAUGUCAAUUUUACAUUUAAAGUGUGUUUUUAUAUACAUCUUAUAUAUCUUUACAUGUUGUCAGUGAUUGAACAGACUGGUAUUAUCUUCAAACUAGUAAACCAUGGACAGGAGAGCUGAAAUAAUGUUGCAGUUUACAGCUCAGUGUUUACAAGUAAUUUUUUCUGUGUCCUGUGGGGACAGUGGAGUCCAGACGUUUUGUUUUGUUUACAUUUACAUUAUGAUUAAAAAGGAAUUUGUGUUCUGGAAUAUAUUUUUAUAACUGUAAAAGAUAAAAACUGAAGCUGAAA